AUGGGCAAGAGAGAAUUAGAAGAGAUUGAGGUCGACAUCACAAAGCCGACGCCUUUGUCCAAAAAGCAAAAACGAUUGUUGAAAAAGGGCAAGAUUGAGGAGCCGAAACCCGAGAUAGCACCCGAGCCCAAGCCGGAUGCUCGUUCCAAGUGGGGUGUAUGGGUUGGUAACAUGUCUUUCGAUACUACUGAAUCGCAAUUGCGAGAGUUUUUGAUUGACAAUGCUACCGACAUUCAAGCUGAACAUAUUAGCCGUGUCAAGCUUGUUUCUAAAAAAGGAUUCGCGUACGUUGAUUUCACGGCUGAAGAACAGAUGAAGCAGGCAAUCGGCUUGUCAGAAAGCAGUUUGGGAGGCCGAAAUCUUUUGAUUAAAGACGCCAGAUCGUUCGAGGGUCGCCCAUCCAAGGCAGAGCAAGAAAGCAAGAAUCCUCCAAGCCGAAUUUUGUUUGUUGGAAAUCUCUCUUUCGACUCCACCGACGAUGAAAUUCGCAUGUUGUUUCAACAUUGCGGAGAGAUUCAAAAAAUCAGAACUGCGACCUUCCAAGACAGUGGUAAAUGUAAGGGAUUCACAUUUAUUGAUUUUGCCGACGUCGAAGGCGCAACUAAAGCCCUUAACGAUAAGAGGUGUCGUAAACUAAAUGGACGUCAACUACGUAUGGAAUACGGAGAGGACCGCAGUAAGAGACGGCCCAAGGCUCACGAGGAAGCUGCUGCUGCUAGAUCAGAGGGCGCCAAGGAGUAUCGUGAGCCUCGACCCGCCCCCACAGAGCCCGAGAGAGAGCCUCGACCGAGGCCCGCACCCCGACCUCGCAAACCAGCCAGGCCCACUCCAGGCCAAGCACUGUCGAAUGCCGCUCGCGCCAAAAACUCGAUUGUCGAAUCUACUGGUAAGAAGAUCACGUUUGAUUAG